UUCUUUGACUAGACAGGAAAAAGAGAGAGGUGAGAAGUCUGAGCUUAGAGGUAAAAUAUGGUGAGAAAAAUAGAUCCAAAUAAUAAUAAUAAAAAUUCAAGAUAGACCUUGAAAAUUGAUUACAAGCUGACCAGGCAAUAGUCAAUAGUAAGAAGAAGAGGGAAGAUUCGAGUAAAAUAGGAUAAACGUAUGCUAUCAGAUAUGCUAAGCAAGGUUUUUAUUUAGGGCUGCCUUGUCAUCUUCCAUCUUGUUUUCUUCAUCAUCUGAAAUGGCCACCAUGACCGGCACCUCCAAUUCUCGCGCGGGCCUGAGCAGGAUAGCUUGUAAUAGGCUUCAGAAGGAACUGGUGGAGUGGCAAGUCAACCCUCCGGCCGGCUUCAAGCACAAAGUCACCGAUAAUUUGCAGAGAUGGAUUAUUGAAGUAACUGGUGCACCGGGCACUCUGUAUGCGAAUGAAUCCUACCAGCUCCAAGUUGAUUUUCCUGAGCAUUAUCCCAUGGAAUCCCCCCAGGUUGUUUUUCUUUCGCCAGCUCCUCUGCAUCCGCAUAUAUACAGCAAUGGCCACAUAUGCCUAGAUAUUUUGUAUGAUUCUUGGUCACCAGCUAUGACUGUUAGCUCUAUCUGCAUCAGCAUUCUCUCAAUGCUGUCGAGCUCUACUGUGAAGCAAAGGCCAGCGGAUAAUGACCGUUAUGUAAAAAAUUGUAGAAAUGGCAGAUCACCUAAAGAAACAAGGUGGUGGUUCCAUGAUGACAAGGUGUAAAUAGAAAAUUGUUAAUAUUCUCUAUUAUGGAAGUUUGGACUACAAAUUUCUUGAAAGGAUGAUAUUCCUUUUAAAGUGGCACGGUUUUUCUAAGGCAAGAAUCUAAGUUGAUUUUGUAACUUCUCCUGAACUUGUAUAUCCUAUUGAUAGCUAUCUGUACGCUGGUAUUUACCUUGAAGGGCUCUGAUUUGAGAUAUCAUCUACAGAGUUUAUUUUGUAAUUUUGGUGUUUACAUUGAUAAGCUCUGAUUUUGCAAAUAAACUACCAAGAAUAUUUUGUAAUUUUGGUGUAUACUUUGAUGAGCUCUCUUAUUGCAAAUUAACUACCAAGUUUUUGUAA